UUCAAGCGAUUCUAGCGUUCUGACGUCGUUUCAUAUCCGCGGAACUGUUGCUCCUUCACGUUCCCCACUACUCACCAAACUGCCGAGUGACUUUGAGAUCCCGCGUGAUCCAGUGAUCUGCGCGUUCCGCGCGGUAACGCUUCUCAUUUUAAGCGUAUUUCUUCCGUGUGAUCGCAAGACCGCUCCGUCGUGCUACAUGCGGGCUUAUAUUGUGUAUAGUGCAAAUUUGGAUAAUCUGCUAAAAUAGUGGAUGAUGCUACGAGUUACCGACGAAUCAGUGAUUACAAAUUCAAGAGGAGGCUUCUCGAUUAACUUUUUGUUUUAUCUCAGUAUCGAAUUUGUAAUUGGCGCUGUCAUCUCUAGUAUCUUAGCCAUUCUCGAUGUCAUAAAGUCUCUUUUGCCAAAGCCACCAAGGGAUUUGAGCGGCGAUGUAGUUUUAAUUGCCGGCGUCUCGUCGACCCUCGGCGAGUCUCUCGCCGAGGAAUUCGCGAGGGGUGGAUGCUCCGUGAUUUGCGUGGAUAACGACUUUAGAUCUGCGGAGGAGAUAACUGCCAGGUUAAAAUCGCGGUGUAAUAGAGUGAAGGAAAUCGGGCCUGACCAUAGGGAACACGAGCGGGAGUAUGUAGGGCCGACAAUGACAGCGUACGAAUGUAACCUGCUGGACCGUAAUGCCAUACGCGAAAUCGCCAAGAAGGUCGAGGAUGAGGUCGGUGGCGUCGACGUCCUAGUGACCUGCGCCGGACAACCUUAUCAAGAUAUUUUUGAUACGGUCAACACGACUCUUAUGAGCCAUUAUUGGAUGGUUCUGGCAUUUUUGCCAUUCAUGCUACAACGCGACAGAGCGCACAUUGUCGGAAUUACGCCGAUUACAUCGACCCAGGAUGUAUACUUGAGUUCGAGGGCGGCGAUCGCCGGUCUGAUGGAAAGUUUGGGUGAGGAAUUGAGCAAUCGUAAUAGUCAUCUCACCUUCCUUGCGAUUUCACCGACGGUAGCACGCGGUUCGACGAGACAGGAGGAACAACAAAUGGCCAAGGAAGUUGUACAGGCAGUCAGAAGGGGCCAGUGUAGCAUCAGCAUUAAUUGGUGCUCGAAGAUGAUGUAUCAAAUAAGUUGUGCGAUUUAUAGCGCAAUAACGAUGGUCUCACAAUGGCUUCACAUGCAGGGAUGCGAUUAUUCCUUUUAAAUCCUGUUCUUGCUCAUGAAGCGUGAAACAUUCCAGUCGGCCACCGACACGAGUGUGGGAAUUCGCGUUUUCUGUCAGCGAAUUUCCUCGAGAUGGUCAGCAAAAAACCUUUAAAAGUCGAGUAGCAUCUUCUCAUGAGUUGUGCGAAGAAUAAUUAUCCCAAUUAAUUAUUCAUGCUAUAGAGUCAAAUUAGAAUUAUAAAUCGUUGUAUAUCAUAAUGUCAUAGUACAUUAUUAUACUGCAUAAAGAAGAACUUCGUAGUUUUUAAAAAGAUAGAUUUUCUGUUAAUAAAAAUAAAACAAAAAUA